AUGAAGGUGAAAAAUCUGGACCCCCUUAAUGCGGGAGCGGAAAUUGGUUAUGAUGCCGACGUCCAGCCUGCCGAAAAGGGGACGAUAAAACCUGAUAAAACGUUAAGAGGAGUAAAGGGAAAUUCGUCUAGAACCUUGGUGGGCGCAGUCUUCCUGAAGCCAGAGAAACCCCAGUCGAUUAGGAGGCGUUGA